GCUCCGAGCAGUAUGGCGGAGCGAAGAAAGAAAGUGACGGCCUUUAGCGCGGAUCCCCAGACCGCUCGCACCAGCCUUUUUCAAAAGCACUCAACCUCCUCGGCGACCGAAGCAACCACCGAUUUGUUCCACCAUCUGUUAUUGGAGUCAAUUGCCAGAAUCAUACUUUGAUUCGCUCACACAAUGGCGUCUUACGGCUUAUUAGAUCAGUCGGAUGAAGAUGCCCUUCACAAGUCGCGCCUUUUGAAUGUCGAAGAGAAACCUUUCAAACGUAUAUCAAAACGAUUAUUAAGCCCCGAUUCGCUAGUUGUCUCCAAUGCGACCCUCCCUCCUACCCCUCCGCCUGACGGAACCGACGACGAUGCCACCGCGGCGGAAGCAGAGAAACAGAAACGGCUCGAACAAUGGCGCCAUUUCCGCGAAGAUGUAACACUAGACUUUGCUGCGUUUGAGAGUAGCAUCGCGCGCAUUCAGUUUCUUCUUACGAGCAAUGAGAAGGAACGCGAACGAUAUGCAACUGAGAAGCUUCGGAUUCUUUCCACUAUGCAGGCUGUCCGCGAGAACACAGCAGAGCUGCGGGGUCAGUUAGAGGAGGCACAGCGGCUAUUAGCGCUACGGAAAAGCUACGAUGAUCUAGCUGAUAAGAUUACAAGCAACCGACUUUUGAAGCCACGGGAAGAUCAACAAGCGAAUCUACAGAAGCUACAGGCAGAGAUUACUGAACUGGAGAAGGAGAGCAAGGAUUAUGCGAUGACCUGGGCUGAACGGCGAGAACAAUUUGGUCGCAUUGUGGAAGAGGGAAUGCAGCUCCGGCGUCUUAUUAGAGACGAGAAGGAAGAGGUUGAGCGCAGGGAAGGUAUGCAGGAAGGAGAGGAUGGGGACGACGGUGAUAUUCCCUCCAAGGGAAAAUCUAGUGGGGCGAAUACACCUCGACACGAGUCUGAUAGUGCUACUCCAUCUCAACAAGGGCACGACGAAACUAUUCGUUCAUCUGCUGGCUUACACGCAGAGAGGUUGACAGCAGCAGGGGCAGCAUCACCCUUACGGCAAGUCACUAUGGCUGAAGAUGACAAGAAGCAAGCGCCAGACCAAGAUGCCACUAUGGUAGAUGAAGGUGAAGUGACUGGAGAUGAGGAUGCAGAGAACCCCGACGAUUUAGAAGAGGGAGAAGAGGUGUCCGAUGACCGUGUAGGUGACAGAAUGGAUAUCACGUAAGCCAGCUUCGCAUCUCUUUUCAUGCUAUUGAUACAUCAUGAGUUAUGCUUGCGCGGCGUUGGGUCAUAGUGAUAAUCAUAAUUUACAAUUCUUUUUUCUUUCCAUUUGUGAUACUAAAUGGGUUUAUCGCAUAGCACAGUAGCAUAUGCAUUUUAUUGAUGUCCCAUUGACACUCCAUAUGAUGGACCUCAAGCGAUCUCGCGCUCAGCCUUCCUGGCCUUGGCAAUAGCGUCCUUGGCAGCAUUGAUGUGCUCGACGUUGCUCUCUGGUCCUUUAUUACCCUCCUCGGUCUGCCGGGGGGUGUUAGCCAGAGAUACUUAGAAUCAUGUGAAGCGCAGUUAACGAAACUAACCAGUAGGCUCUGAAGCUUUACUA